AGUAAUCAAGUUAGCUAAAAAAAAGGAAAAGGAGUAGUUCCGAAAGGAGACUCCACCUAGCUAGCACGCUCCUCACCAUGGAAUUCCCCAGCACUCCAUUUGAUGAUUCAAACAUAUCUAAAGAAAGGGAAGUAGGAGGGAGAAUAGACAAAAGGAAGCAAAUUGAGGGUGAAGUUAAAGAAUACAAAUCCAAGAACCUUAUACCUGAGAGAAACAGGCGUCAAAAACUUAAUGAAAGGCUUCUUGAAUUGCGCUUAUUGGUACCAAACAUUACAAAAAUGACAAAAGAAACCAUAAUCACUGAUGCCAUAACAUACAUUAGGGAGCUACAAACUAAUGUGAACAGCCUAAGUGAGCAGCUUCUAGAAAUGGAGGCAACUCAUGCAGAGGAAUUAGAGACAAAAAAUGAAGAGAUUAUUGAUAAAUGGGGCAUACAGCCUGAAGUUCAAGUGGCUCAGAUUGGUACAACUAAGCUUUGGAUAAAAAUAGUUUGCCAGAAGAAAAGAGGUGGAUUUACUAAACUGAUGGAGCCAAUGAAUGUUAUUGGAUUUGAUCUUAACGACACCAGUGUCACUGCCUCCAAAGGAGCUCUUCCUGUUACUUCAUCUGUGGAGGUGGUUCGCAGUGGAAUAACUGAAGCUAAUCAAAUCAGAGAGAUCUUGCUGGAGAUCAUCCGCGGAAUCCAGAGAAACUAA